AUACCAAUAAGUAGUAUGAAGCUUAGUGGUUACUAUAGCAAACAAGAACUUAUAGUGCAAAUAGUCAAAGAUUUUAAUGACUUAAAUGAUAGUGAAUUUACUACAAUGAUUGAACAGAUCAAAAAAAUAUGUAAUGUUAAUGAAGAAA